AUGAGUGAACUAAUUUGUCUGACCCAAGGUAAGAUGGGGCAAAGAGUUGUGGGGGAAACGGGCGUAUAAAAGCGCAGAAUGGAGGGUGAGACAUACCAGUUCACUCCUGCGGUCCAUCCGUACACUUCUCCUCGAGAUGGGUUUCUACACGUUAUUCGUAACAUGUCUUUGCACUCUCCUGCUCCCACUCCUUCUGAUUGUGACGGCGAUGAAACUGUGGGAAAUGUACGUCAUUAGUGGAAGUGAUCCAACCUGCCAGAGUCCUCUUCCUCCAGGUACCAUGGGACUGCCCUUCCUUGGCGAGACGCUUCAGAUGGUCCUACAGGUAACUGAUGAUGGAAACAUAAACUGCAAACUCAGUUCCUCCCUAUAUUUGCAGUGUGCAGCAGGCUGCUAUUGAUUAGUUAGGGUUAGGGUUAUGCAUCAGGCUCAAAGGUCCAACCAGAAAACAGUAUGCUAUUGAAUAAAUUGAAAGAUUGUUAUGUAGCCUAAUUCAAGCCAUUUAUAUGUAUGACAUUUACAGUAUCCAUUCAUACAUUAUUCUCCUUAUUUAUAUUUCCAGAGAAGAAAAUUCCUAAAAAUAAAACGUCAGAAAUAUGGAUAUAUUUAUAAGACGCAUCUCUUUGGGAGUCCCACGGUGCGGGUAAUGGGUUCAGAACAUGUGAAACAGAUUCUGAUGUCGGAACACAAAUUGGUUGCGGCUCAGUGGCCGGCAUCAGUGCGACUCAUUCUCGGGUCGCACGCCCUCUCCAAUGCGCAUGGCGCGCUCCACAAGAGCAAGAAAAAGGUAGGAAAUACGCAGAUGUAGAGUAGCCUACAUGUCUGUGUAGGAAGUUCAUGGUUUAUGCUUAUGAUGAAAAACAAUUUGUCAUUUACCUUGCCUUUUCACAGCGGUGUCCUUAUAACGUGCCUUUAAAGCGCUCUCUCCUGUUUGCCUGCAGGCGAUUAUGAAAGCCUUUUCCCGAGAAGCCCUGAAAGAGUAUAUUCCUGUGAUCCGGGAGGAGGUGAGAUGCGCAGUGCAUAGCUGGCUGCAAAGCGACUCUUGCGUGCUAGUGUACCCAGAGAUGAAGCGCCUCAUGUUCCGCAUCUCAAUGAGGAUCCUGCUUGGCUUCGAGCCCGAGCAAACAAAGACCGACGAGCUGGAAUUAGUGGAAGCGUUCAAAGAAAUGAUAAAUAACCUUUUCUCCCUACCAAUCGAUGUUCCUUUCAGCGGCUUGUACCGGGUAAGUUGCCUGUCAAAUGACAAGAUGUAUUGAUUAAAGCAGCCCUGGCCUGCAUCACAUGGGGCUCCAGUGUGCGCACAAUAUUUUUGACCAAUAUUUUUCAUAAUUCCAUUUAGGGUCUGAGAGCGCGCAACAUCAUCCACUCAAAAAUAGAGCAAAACAUCAAAAAUAAGCUGUCCAAUAUUGAUAACAACAAUAACUAUAAAGAUGCUCUGCAGUUAUUGAUUGAGAAUGGAGAGAGGAACGAGGAGCGACUAAGCAUGGAGGUAACCAGAUGCCUUUCAUUUAGCAAGUUCAUUUUAUACACUGCCAUUUACUCCAUAUAUGAACCAUUCUUUAUUUGUUUCCCUCAGGAGAUAAAAGAGUCUGCCACCGAAUUACUAUUCGGUGGCCACGAGACGACAGCGAGCACUGCGACCUCUCUGGUGAUGUUUCUCGGGCUGCAUGCACAUGUCAUGCGUAAAAUACGCCAGGAGCUUCAGGAGAAGGUUGGUAUCACCCUGUAUCAUCAAAAGACAAAAUAACAACAUUUUCACAAGCAAAUAGCACUUGAUUUUUGUAAAAAAAAAAUUACAUGAUUUGAAACCAUAAAUCAGUCUUCCAUGACAACAAAAUAAUAAUCAAUGGAGGCCCAUAUUUUUUUGGUUAUGAUGAAAUUAAGAUUAGACACAACUCUCAUUAAGGUAUUUAUAAAUUAUAUUCUUCCAAAUCUAGGGCUAUAUUUAAUUGAUUGAAUUUGCUGUACAUCUCACUUGCAAGAUGCAUGUCCCACUAUCUAUGUGUUUAUAAUAUAUUCAUAUAUUUAUAGCAUUUGUUGGGAGCCCAAUCAGAGGACAAACCACUGAGUAUUGAGUUGUUGGAGCAGUUGAAGUACACCGGCUGUGUCAUCAAAGAAACUCUCCGUAUAAACCCUCCUGUCCCUGGUGGCUUCCGUGUGGCACUGAAGACGUUUGAGCUCAAUGUAAGUAAACCUAUUUUGUAGCUUCUGAAAUUACAUUUACACAAGAUUUUAGCCUAAAAGUUUAAAGGAGGCAUAAUUGAUUGUGUUUUGAGAGCCACAAAAUGGAAACCAUGUACUGUUAUAGUACAUUAGUUUUUCUACAAAUAUAUAAUCACAACAUGGUAGCACCUCUAUGUAUUAAUAUACAGCUCCUUGUAUACAGCAAUGCUUUCAGAAACUGUAUAAUGUUUGGAAGAAAAUUGUUGGAAGUCAUUGCCAUACCCACCCCACCUAACAACCUAAAUUGUGUUUCCUCAGGGCUUCCAGAUUCCCAAGGGUUGGAAAGUCAUCUACAGCAUCUGUGACACACACAAUGUGCUGGACACACUUAUAAACAAGGAGGAGUUUCAGCCAGAGAGGUUCUUGGACGAGUCACCAGAAGACUUAUCCCGGUUCGGUUACAUCCCUUUUGGGGGUGGUGCGAGGACAUGUGUGGGUAAAGAGUUUGCUAAGGUUGUACUUAAGGUGUUCCUGGUCGAGGUGGUCACCAGAUGUGACUGGACUCUGUUGAACGGACCCCCGACAAUGAAAACAGGCCCAACCGUUUAUCCAGUGGACAAUCUGCCCACAAAGUUCAGUAGAUAUGGUGACAAAUGUAUCCAGAACAACUGA